GUGCUGGCCUACGCCACCUCCCACCUCAGCGGCGGCCAGAUGAACCCCGCUGUGUCGCUGGGCCUGGCGCUGAGCGGCACGCUGGGCCCGCUGCAGGCGGCCGCCAACAUGCUGGCGCAGCUGGUGGGCGCCAUCCUGGGCAGCUCCUUCCUCUAUGCCACCGUGCCGCACGCCGCCGCCAGCACGCUCGGCAGCAACGCCAUCGCCCGCGGCGUCAGCACGGGCAACGCCUUUGUCGGCGAGGCGGUGAUGACGUUUGUGCUGGUCAGCGUAGUCCUGGAGACAGCGGCCAACCGCAAGAGCACUGCCAGGGCGCAGGCGCCGCUGGCCAUCGCCUCCCUGCGGCCUGCCUGCCGCCUGCCCGCAGGCUUUGCCGUGUUCUGCGCCCACGCUGUCAUGCUCCCAAUCGACGGCUGCUCCAUCAACCCUGCCCGCUCCCUGGGUCCUGCCAUCGUC